CGCGCACGCGCUGCAACUCCCCCGUGAUUUAUCAAACCUCAAACACCGAACCGCAACUGACAACAAAUUUGAUUCAGAAGAAACCCUGAUCACACACCAACCAGUGAACUGUGAAAUUUGAAAUGGCUCCUUACAACAAAGGCGAUGUUGAGGCUGGUUAUGGGAACAACGGCGGCCAAUUGUAUCCGACGAUGCUGGAGAGUCCACAGCUUCGUUGGGCGUUUAUCAGGAAGGUUUAUGCGAUAAUUUCAAUGCAGCUACUCCUUACCGUUGCUGUGGCCGCCCUCGUAGUUUUCGUCCGUCCAAUUCCUGAAUUCUUGGCUAAGACAACGCCAGGCCUCGCCGUCUUCAUUGUCAUGCUUGUCCUUCCCUUCAUUAUUUUGUGCCCGUUGUACGCUUUCCACAAACGCCACCCAGUGAACUUCUUUCUUCUUGGGCUGUUUACCGUUACAAUUGCAUUUGCUGUUGGAUUUUCCUGUGCCUUCACCAAAGGGAGGAUCGUCUUGGAGGCAGCGAUUCUUACAAGUGUUCUGGUGGUUAGUCUAACUCUCUACACAUUCUGGGCAGUAAAAAGAGGCCAGGAUUUCAGCUUUCUCGGACCCUUUCUAUUUGGUGCCGUUAUGGUGCUUUUGGUUUUUGCAUUGAUCCAGAUAUUCUUCCCUCUUGGAAAGCUUUCGCAUAUGAUAUAUGGCUGCUUGGCUGCACUCAUAUUCUGUGGUUACAUAGUGUAUGACACAGACAACCUGAUCAAGCGUUUCAGCUAUGACGAGUACAUCUGGGCUGCAGUCAGCCUCUAUUUAGACAUUGUCAAUCUCUUUCUUUCUCUCCUUACAUUGUUCUCGGCUGCUGAUAAUUAGAGACUCUUUUGUCAAACAACUCGCUGGCGGGAUUGACAUGUAAAUCCUCUGAAUAGUGUGUUCUUCAUGAAUCAUGAAUAGGGAUUUAGAAAUUAAUUGAUACAGAAAUGAAUUCUAAUUUUUCAUGUAUUGAAUGAGAUUAUAUUACAAA